UCUACAUCCUGGAAGGAGAGCGGGUCCUAACAGCCAUGGCCUACACCAUCCUCAAGUUGCAUAAAAAGCCCUUGUUGAAAAUGUCCCUGGAAGAUCUGCGGGAAUUCCUGCAAGAGAAAACUGCUGCCUCCUUGCAGUUUGAAGAUGAUGCAGUAAUUGAGGAACUGCAAGCAUCUAUGGCUGAACUACGUAAAAUGAAAUUUGAUCUUCCACCCCCAGCAAAAUCUGAAGAAUUUCCCAAGAAACCGCUGGGACUGGAGUUCUCUCUCAAUCUAGUCUCAGUAAAGCCCAGUGUUGGAGGUAAAGGCCAGAAGAAGGCUGCCAAUGAUCUUGACCAUGAAAAAGAUGCUGUCAUACGACUUUCUCCAGAUAGAAGUCCUCCUAACCUGACCGAAACGUUCAAUAAUUCAAACUUGGCAAUACAUAAGAGAGCCUUGAUUCCACAGCCCAGCGGACCAUUGCUGCAAGUCGAACUAACUGACGUAUACCACAAUCCGUUCCAGAAUAACCAACCCAUCCCUAACUCUGAUAUGGAGGGAAAACGGCAAGAAAACAGGGUGCAAUUGCUAAAGGAGGAUGCCAAGAAAAUCCCAUCUGAAGGUUUCCCAGCAACACUGGACGAGAUUCAGGUUAUUGUCGAAAGUCAAGAUCUGGCUACCGCACAUAAGGAGAAAGAUUCACUGGACAGCCGCAACAUAGAAGAGAGAUGCAGCACACAGGAAAAUAACCCCUCUCUUUCUGCAGAUGAUAAGGGCCAUGUUACUCCGCAGGUGCUAGAACAAGCAGUGAUUGACGUCACGUCAACGGAGAACUGUCCGCGCGACCCUGACACGCGGAGUGAGGCCACGGAAUCAGACCUGUCUGUCACCUCCAACAGUAUAACAGCAUUCGUGGAGCGAGAUUCACCAAGUCAAGUGCCGUCGCUCCCCUCUCUUGAAGGGCAAAGUACCUUAGAAUCGCCACUGACUGUGCAAAAUGCAGCUGUUCUUCAAGAUGGGAGCGCCACCUGCUUCUCUGAGGAUUUCUUACCUGAAGAGGCCGUGGUGCUUCCAGAUCACCCAUGCCAGCCUACAAGCACAGACUCCUCUCCGCUCGGGCAUAGCCUGUCCACAGUGUGUGACGUGCCAAAAAGCUCAAUCGUGCCACGUGCCAUCAGAGCAUUUGCCCCUCUCCCUCUCCCGUUCCAAGACGGAAAGCGACGCCCUUCUAACGUGUCUCAGUACGAUAAUUUGUCUGAAGACGGAGAAGAGGAAUCUCCUGUUCGGGUGCCCUGUUCUGAGGAACUGGCUGUUUUGUUAUCACAAACGGAGCUCUGCGACCCGGUGUUAAAGUGCAGAGUGCACAAAUCGGCAUCUGCUGGAGAGCUGGGAUACCCGCAGAGACAAACGGGGGGGCAGGCCGACUCGGAACAGCAGCCAGGAGGACUUGAGCGACCCCUUUCGUUCAACAUACUGCCUCGUCAGAAGAGGCCCUCUAGUGGGGGCAGCAUGCCAAUCUUAUCCGAGCUGGACUCUGGUGGAUUGUUAGUGUCAGAAGAUUUCUGUGCCCGGCCGACGUCAUCCCCGGAAUUACAGGAGCAGUACAGUCCCUUCAAGAUAGUAAAAAGUAGCACCCCUCUUCACUUGGCUCAUGCGACGGAGCAGGACUUCUGCAACAAAAAACAAAUGGCUCUGCCUUUGCUAGAGUCCAGCCACCUCGAUGCAGCUGGUGGGGAGACCCCUAUUCCUCCAGCUGGAGAAGCUGAAGGUGGGACUGCUGGAGAUUCUCUCCAGAAAUCACUGAAUGCUUUGAGUGACUCACUUGCUCCUCAAUGGCCAAAGCCAAAAUUGCCACUCAAGAUUGUCAAAACCCAUUCCGAUAACAAUUUCCAUCUGAGCUGCCUCCCGACGGUGCAGAUGUCUAAAUCAGUGACCUUCUAGUAGAACUGAGAGAAGGGAGGGGGGUGGGGGUGGAAUUACAGUGCUCUUUUCAUGAGAGAUCAUGAGUCUUUUGGAAUGAAAAAGUGCCGCCAAAUGUAAGAUGAGGGAGGCAAUUGUGUCGCCAGUCAAGUUGAGUUCAAGAAUUCGAGACAGGGCUCCGAUACAGGCCAGUCUUCAAUUGACAAUGCCUGUAGAUAAUUAUUUAAAAACUCGGUUUC